AUGCGGUUUUCAGGAAGAUGGCGAUGGCGUCGGUUGCAUGUAGCCUCUCACGGCGUUUUGUGUUGAAAAACACAGGGGUUUUCACCCGUUACACUGGCGUAAAAUGCACCGGCACAAAGGGUUUGAUUCUGUUUCGAAAUGAAGUUACAACGACUUCGGGCGCCAUUCUCCCUAAGCCUGUUAAAACCUCCUUUGGCCUUACCCGUAUGACAAUUGUCGUCAUCCCCUUCCUGUAUGUGGGCACACUGAUCAGCAAGAACUUUGCCGCCCUGCUGGAAGAGCAUGAUAUCUUUGUCCCUGAGGACGAUGAUGACGACGACUGAACGUAAAUACUGUUCCCUACAGUAUAUGUGGAAGUAAUGACGGCAAGCAUAGCAAAGAAUGGAGAAAAAAGAAAAAGGGCAGAAAACCCAGUGAUCCACGACAGUUCUGACUUUCCAAAAUUUCUCUCCACUCUUCCAUACCUUUGGUCCUCUCCUAUUUUUUUAAAGACUUGGGAAUUGGAUUUUUGUCUGAUACCACUUAGGCCUCCUUCUAUGGCAUGUACAGAGCUUUACUGAAUAAAAUUAAACAGUGGGUCUGUC